CGCAGGUUUAGUGUGUAACGUUCUAGUGCAGGAAAGGACCCACGAGGGACUUAUUUCGUGUGUGUGUGCCCAUUGCUUGUGCGAGUUGCCGCAGUCCGCCCAGCCGUUCGACCAUGGCCGAUCUGGAUGAUUUCUUCGCCAAAAAGGACAAAAAGAAAGGCAAGGGGAAAAAGUUCGUCACCGCCGAGGAGAUUGCCAAGCAGCUAGAUGACACGUCGAAGCGGGCAGUGGAGAGCAAAAUGAAGAAAUCCGAACCGACCGACAACAAGGCGGCUUCCGAACAGCAGGCGGAAGACGAAUGGAAAGAGUUUGAGGAACAAAAGAAAGAUUACACCGGACUAAAACUCGCACAGUUAACGAUAGACGACGAAGGCAACCAGAUCCACGACCCAAACCUACAGGGUGACUCAGGUGACGGGAACAUGGACGGGGAUGGCGAAGAAGGCGGCGAACGGGAUCCUAGUAAACCGUGGAACAAAUUGGACGCCACUGCAGCAGCCCGAGCCGCAAUACCUUCGGCGGAAGAACCGGCGGCGCCUACUAGCAAUGUCUACAUUAGUCCAGCGCUGAAAAGUCUCCGAGCGAAACAGAAGAAAGGUGCUCCGGAUCUGAAGAACGAGGAAUACUUCCCGACGCUCGGCGUGGAUAAGCCGGAACAGCUGAAGCCGGUCAAGAAGGAUCCUACGUUCGAGGACGUCAAACAUGGUGUGCGGGUAAAAACGGUCGAAAAGUCAGCCUCCGGCCAGGUUAGUGUCGGUAACCGAUACACUUCGCUCAGCAACAAUGCGAGCUAGGGCCGCAGUCGCGGCGGAUCCUCCCGAGCGCCUUUCCGUUAUCUGACGCUCGCUCUCAGACGUUCUCCCCGUAUGGCAAGCUUUUUGGUUUUGUUACUUCUGCGACGUUGCCACCGAACGAUCGUGCGACUAUGAGCCUCCUUGAUGACCGUUCGUAAUUCUUUGCGUUUCGUUUCUCCCCGCAUAUUGACCACCGUGCGCCGUCAUUGAUCGGUUUUCUCGGCCGAGUUCCCGCAACCCUGAGGGACGCGAGAGACCCUGCCUUCCUUGUUCUUUACUUUAUUUUUGUUGGUUUUCAUUAAGCAUCAACUGCCGUUGUUCCAUAUGUAAAAAUAAAACAACAAACUAAUAAAAUCAAAACUGAACCUCCGCCACAGAAUGGCUUAACUUCACACACACACACACACACACACAAACACAUGCACACGUACAGCACUCGCGUUGCGUAUUACUUUUGCGUAAGGUUUUGCCUUCGAUUUUGGGGGCUCCAGGAACGCGGGACCCAUUUGAACUGGAUCAAUAAAAGUUAGUAAUAAAAGUGACCUUCAGGCCGGUGCAGCAUUAACACAGCGAAUGCAAUGGGUGUGCGUGCGUGACCGGUCGCGUCUCAAACCGCGUAUCACCGGUUGCAUUUACAGGCUUAAAUCUCACGAUUCGGCUUACUUUUAAGUUUAUCUCGUUUAUUGUCAUGUAAUCUUCGAAAGGAAAACAAAUAAAAACAAAACACGAA